CUGCAACCAAGCUCCGCACACAGUUCGGUAUUGACUCAACGGAGAGAGGGUGGUUGAAGCAGUGCAUUGAGCUCGUUGGAUCACUCCCAGCUUGGAACCGGGGAUAUAUUUCUGUAUGUAAUGAACAGGGGGUACCGUGGUUGAAACUGUGCUGGCUGCCACGAUGGAAAGGAAUGUGUUUGUGUUUAUUCUGUUUGCCGGAGCAGUGACAUGCGUCAGAGAAGAUGUGAUAUUCGACAUGCAGGCUUUGGAUAAGUUAGGCUGGGACAAGUUUACCACCAGCGGCAGAAGUGAGUGGACGGAGGUAACGCAGAAAACAAACAAACGUCUGCAUAAAGUAUACUCCGUGUGCUCCAAACGUGACGCCAAGGUAAAGGACUGGGUGAUCACCCCUCCUAUACCCACCAAUGGUAGUGACACUGUUUACCUAAAGCUAAAAUACAGCAUCCGCGAGUGUCUCGGUGAAGACGUCCCAGUAUGUCAUAUUGACAUGUACAGCUACCAGUCCACAACCGACGUGCCUAUUCCCAUCUACAGCAACUGGGACCACCUCAAGUACAUCAACACCUCCGCUCCCAUAUCUGACGUUACAAGCGUCGUCGAGGUGAACGAACUGUCAAUGGCGAUCCCCUUGAGAAACACAGGCAACAAGAUUUCAUUCGGCUUCAAGGAUGAAGGAUCGUGCUCGAAAAUCAUAUCCCUGAAAGUUUCUGUGAUAUUCUGUGAAGCCGUCACGACGUCAAUGAUGACGUUUCCGGAGACGUCGACGAUGACGUCUGACAGGGUGGUCAAUGGAGAGUGUAUUGAUAACGCUGAAGCCGCCACGCCCGAGAUACAAUCUGUAUGCAAACCAGACGGAACCUGGGGUGAGGUUACCGGAGAAUGCGCCUGCGUUGAAGGUUACGAAAAAGAAGGAGAAAAGUGUUCUGAAAUUGUUGUUUCUGCCUGUGGAACCACUAGCCUCUCAACAGUUGCCAUGACAACCUUGCUGUUCCUGUCAAUGCCAUGGAUUUGAACCGAUGCAAUCUUAACUGACGACUCAGGACUUCAUGUGGAAGCUCUUU